AUGAUGCUGGAUACGGCGCUCAGAGUCAUCGAUCUGGGUAGUGGUGGUAUUACAAGUGGAAAUAACAGCAAUGCUAGUGGUGGUAUUACAAGUGGAAAUAACAGCAAUGCUAGUGGUGGUAUUACAAGUGGAAAUAACAGCAAUGCUAGUGGUGGUAUUACAGCUGAAACCAAAGAUAUAGAUCAUAACGGGAAAUUAAGAACAGGACUAACCCAUUCAGUCAAUCGAACUGCUACUGCGUCUAUGGCAAACUAUGGUGUUAGAUAUUACCCGAAUCCAGCACCUCAACGUCGCUUUUAUCAAUAA